UGCAUCCAUUACUUACUGCUGUUCUCGUCUGCUCAACACAACUUUUUUCUCGAAACGCAACUAGACUGACAUUCGAUAGAUCGGCCCAAAUCCUUGUCCUCCCUUACCUUGACAGGACUUAGCGAAGAACAGGACGACGGAUAGUAGCCUACAAAAAUACUUGCUUAAACCGUCCAUACAGUACAGGGACAGCUGGGCCAGCAAUUGUGAGGCCCUGUAUCUCUUUUUCUUUCACCAUACCUCUUCCUCCCCACUGCAGUUCGUUCUUCUAUCAGGCACACCGUACAAGUGACAAUGGCUAGGUCACAUUCCUGCAAGAUAUCAAUAUCGUACACCCUCGUACUGCUCUUGAGCCUUCUCGUAGCGUGUCAUCCGGAGCAGCAGCAGGACUAUAUGAGUCCACGAUAUGACCACGACCGCCGAAACUACUAUUUAAUCAAGGUCCAAUCGCUCCAUCAGCACGAGCAACAGAUUAGGACUGCAGAAACAACAACCGAGCAGCAGAGCAACAAUGAAGGGCUGCAGCACCAGCAGGAAGGACAACCGGCAUGGUCACUUCGUGGGGAUCAACAGCAGGUGAUGGGCGACUUGCUCCGUCUACGUUUCGAGUCGCGAGUCGGAAUGCUACCUGACUACUUUUUGUACAGUUCACCAAAACCUAAUCAAGAUCCAUGGGUAAAGAUAUCUCGACUAGAGAGGCGCCAUCGUUUCAAGAGAUCGUUCGAUGCCUCGGAUACAAAGCAUCAGGAUCAGCAGGAGCUCUUAGAACAAGAAUCUGAAUCCGGAGUAGAAUUCGAGGCAACUGUAGUGGAGACGGAUCCGAUCGUGAAAAGUUUUUAUCGCUUGAAGAGGCAAUACGCAGAGAAAUACAGCGAUCAACAGGAGAACGGUAAUCAUGAUAAGAGACGAAAGCGUGAUGAUAUCCAUGCAAAAAUCGGCAGGGUGAUGGGCGACAUCUAUAAGCAAGAGCUGCGACAGCGUGUCAAAAAGCGCGCCCCACUUCCAGAACCAAUCUCAAUUGCAGAAGUGGGGCAGAACGGAGAUGAUGACCAGCAGAAAUAUGGAUCUAAAGAGAACAAGCAGCAGCUAUCUGAGGAAGACGCGCUGGAAGGGGAUCAGGACGAAGAGAACGAGGAAGAGAUGGAAUCAGAGGAAGAUCAGGAUAACCAGGGAGGAGAAUACCAACCUGCAGGAGAGGACCAACCUGCAGGAGAGGACCAGCCCGAAGACGACAUCGCGAGUGCGCUUGGGUUCGCGGAUCCAGGAUUCAGAUAUCAAUGGCACCUGCACAACAGCAAAGAUCGAUACGAUAUCAAUGUCACAGGCGUGUGGGAGCAAGGCAUUAAUGGCACUGGUGUCAACGUGGCAAUCAUUGAUGACGGCUUGGACAUGACCAGCGAGGACCUUGCACCCAACUUCUUCAAAGAAGGAUCCUGGGAUUUUAACGACCACAAUCCCCUCCCAAAACCCAGACUUGAGGAUGAUCAGCAUGGCACGCGUUGCGCAGGAGAAAUUGCUGCCGCCCGAAAUGACCUUUGCGGGGUCGGUGUCGCCUUUGGGGCCAAAGUUGCGGGUCUCCGGAUUCUCUCUGGGCAGAUUACCGAUGCUGAUGAAGCCGCUGCUCUCAACUACCGCUACCAGGAUAACCACAUCUAUUCCUGCAGCUGGGGUCCUCCUGACGAUGGACGGAGCAUGGAUGCGCCCAAGGGUGUUGUUUUGGAUGCUAUGGUCAACGGGAUCAAGAAUGGGCGGUCCGGUCUUGGAAGUAUUUACGUCUUCGCAACAGGAAAUGGUGGCAGUCAGGAUGACGACUGCAACUUUGAUGGUUAUACAAACAGUCUGUACACGGUCAGUAUUGGAGCCAUCGAUCGUGCACAACGGCACCCUUACUACUCGGAGGCAUGUUCGGCGCAGCUGGCUGUAACCUAUAGCAAUGGAGGGGGUAGCGCUAUUUACACAUGCGAUGUCGGAGAGCGACGCUGCUUCGAUCAGCACGGAGGAACAAGUGCGGCAGCUCCCAUCGCCGCGGGCAUGGUUGCUCUCGUGCUCUCUGUUCGUCCAGAUCUCACCUGGAGGGACGUUCAAUACCUGCUCCUGUCUACCGCAAUCCCUAUUUCGCUUAAUGACCCUGACUGGAAGGAAACCGCCUCUGGACGUUUGUUUAACCAUAAAUUCGGCUACGGGAGUCUAGACGCUUACAAGCUGGUGGAAGCCGCCAAAGUCUUUGAACCACUUGGCCCUCAGACGUCCCUCCAUCCGUCAGUGGUGCGUGUCGGGCACAUCAUCUCACAAGGAGGUAAGGGCGUGUCUUCGACUCUGAUGAUUACCAAAGAUGAUCUGGACGGGGAGAGUGUACAGCUCGGCAAUCUGGAGCACAUCACGGUGAUGGUAAAUAUCGAGCAUGAACGUCGUGGCGAUGUGGAAGUGGUGCUGACGAGUCCGAACAAUAUCGAGUCAAAAUUGGGAGCUCGGAGACGGUUCGAUACUGCAAAAACAGGAUUUGUGAACUGGACAUUUAUGACCGUGAAACAUUGGGAUGAAAACCCAGUGGGUGAAUGGACGCUGACGGUUCGCGAUCAGAACAACCCCAACUACAAGGGAAAAUUUGUUGAUUGGAGGAUCAAGUUCUGGGGAGAGCUGAGGAAAGGUGCCGCGAACAUAUCAGCCAAGCCCCCCAAGGAGCCGCACCCAGAUGGCGAGCAGAUCUUGACUGAAUUGCCAGUUGUUUCGGAAGAGCCCGACAAGAUCGAAACCUUAACUGGUAAUCCCGAGGACCUGAGUAUCCCCGACAUCCCCGAAACGGACACAGACAGUAAAGUAAUUGUGAAUGACGAACAUUCUGUUCCAAAAGAGCUGGAGUAUAGCAAGGACGUCGAUGGCUCCAAUGAAAAGGCAGGCAAUCGUAACGGCAUACCAUCUAACAGCAACUCCACUGGAGAAGAUAAAAGUGCUGGUGACAAUAUAACAAAGGGAGAUUCUGAGAAGGGAGGCGCCAUGGAUACCAAGACGAAGAUAGCCGCUGAGGCACAAAUGGAGGAGAAACUAGCCUCAGCUGUGGGCCACACGCUAUACGUGUUUUGCGGAGUCGUCAGCAUCGCAGCCUUAAUUGUGGGGUUCGUUACGAGGCACAGGUGGAAUGGUCGAAGCCGGUACUCGGGUGUCUGGAGAAGCUCUUGGAGACUAGCGCGUCGGAGCCUUGAGAAUGACGAGGAUGAUAUCGACUUGCUACGGUGCGGAUAUUGCGGUGACGUUGGAGGCGUAAGUGGAGAUCAAGUUAGAUAUGUUGACGACGACGAUGGCCAUGGCCAUGAUGGUUCGAUAGUCAAGGAUAUGACUUACUCAGAUAACCGGCAUCUCGAGAAUCAAGGUGAUCUUGACGAUGGUAACUGUUUUGAGGUAGGGAGUGACACAGACGAAGAAGAUUUCCUUGUUGCUGCCUCCAGAACGCCGGAGAACAGCGCCUGGAAGUCAACAUCCAGUCCUGUAACACUGAAAGUUAACGCACAAUAGGCGGGUACCAGAGAAUAUUUUCGCACUCACGCGCUCCUCUUAAUCCUAAGAGCAUAUACGAUAGCAAAAAGCAAUUUUAGAGUAAAAGCGCGGUUGGAACGUUACACAAGC